UCUGGGUCUCUGGGUCUCUAGGUCCCUGGGUCCCUGGGUCUCUGGGUCUCUGAGUCUCUGGGUUUUUUGAUCACAGGGUUUCUGGGUCGCUGGGACUUUUCACCUUUAUGCUUCUCAUCAAAUAGGAAUUCUCGCAGUCCAUUUGCCUAUUGACACUUGUUUAUUCGAUGACUUGUAUUAACAACUAACUCAAUCAUAAAAGCACAUGCGAUAUUAUAUUAAAAGUCUCGUGAUCAACUGUCAAUCAUAAUUGUCAUUUGAGCUCUGUACAAACAAAACAUAAACAAAAACACCAUGUGGGUUAAUAAGUUUCAUGACACUUCUCUUUUCGGGUUUUCUGUCAACAAACUGCUGAGUCUUUUUUGCUUUUUCCUCAUUCAAUAAUAAUGUAGCAGUACAAUUGUAAAAAAGAACGUUUUCUGUCUGAAAAAAAUAUUUUAAUCUUAACUUUUCAUCCAUUUAUUAUCAUAUUAUAAUGCAACGUUAAAAAAAAAGUAGAAACGAAACACGAUUGUAUAAAAUAUUGACAACUAUAAAAUACCAUUAACACAACUUGUUAGGAUAUGAAAUAAAGUCGACGACCAAUCUUACAUUACAGCAAAACAAUAAUCAAGUCUCAUUUGGGUGUUUGGGGUGUUUCUCGCUUUUCUUGAGGUCUAGCCCUAGCGAGCCUGACACAGAUCUCUAUGACAGAUUCUACAGCGACAUGCUAUAUUCAUUUCCAUCUAAUGACAACUUGAUACGCAUAUUUCUCGCUAACCUCCAAACUGAACAACCGUACUAUGAGGCAGAUUUGAAGAAACGUUUCUUCAAAUCUGCCUCAUUUCUUCAAUCUCCAUAAUUUUCUAAAACGAUGGAAUAAUUUUUUGAAACUUGAUGAGUUGAAAGGAACCGUCUCCGAGAUCGAACGUUUGCGUAUUCAUAUUAAAAAAGGUUGCUUAUCUGGACUUCAACCUGGGGAAGGCACUGAGCCUAAUGAAAGCCUAUCAUCAUACACUCAACAAAACACUGCUAUGUGGACCAACUACCAUCGGACCAGAACUGGCGUUUGCUAUCCUGACUCUCCUGUUUUACGGUAUCAAUUGCAAAAUAGAUGGAAAAAACAUAUUGGGAACUCCAGAAUAAUACCGUUUAUUCCACUGCUGGCUUCUCAUGAAAACGAUAAUGUCCACCUGGGAAAAGUAAGGACUACGACAUUCAAACCCGAAGUGCCUACAAUCCAGAACACCGUUGUAGUUGUAGAAAACAUGCAAGACAUGUACAAUGAUAUGAUGAGCGAACUACUUUUGAAAAACACAGAAAAACUCAUCUUGUAUUAAAUAACAUAAACACAGACUGUAAAGACAAAUGUUUCAACGCUUAUGAUCUUCCAAUACUGCAACUUAAGCAAGUGUUAAGCAAGUGUUAAUUGCGGAAGACGGAACAGAUAAUAUGGAACAAAGCCACCUAAAUUGUCUUCGCAGAAAUCUCGCUUCUUUCAAACGACAUCUAGAUCCUGCCGUCGGAGAUGGUGAUUGUGCAUUUAGAUCAGUCAUUGUGCGAUUACGAAAAACCAAAGAGUGGAAUGAUCAAAAUGCGACACUAAUGGAACAUCUAGUGGGUCUUGGACUUGGGAAAGGCCUAGAUGAAGACGUGUUUCAGCUUUGUCAGUGUUUUGUUGACACUGUUCAAAGUAAUGAACAUUACCUAAUGUUCUCAGGUAUUCCACUGGAUACCAUCAAUGACAAAACCAAACGAUUUCGAGACCAAGGAUCGUUUUGUGAUGAAAUAGGAGAUUUGGUGAUCAAAGUAUGCUCAGACAUUUUGAAGGUCCCCAUUUUUGUCAUAACGAGCAUCAAUGGCUGCUCUUAUCUCCCAUUCAUUCCAGAAGAAACUAUCAUUGGCACAACAAUAUACAUAGCUAUACUGCUUGCGGUCCUGGCCAUUAUGAUGGUACCAUGUUGAUUCCUGCUUCAAAUACAGGCAAAGGACUCGAGAUCCAUGGGAAGAUAGCAUUACAACCAACCUUAGUGGAUAGACAGAAAUAAAUCGGUUUUGAAUAAUGAUUGGAAGCUAGUUUAAACUUCAAAAUUUCCCAGUAUAGCUUGUCCCGACCCCUUGCUUUGCUCAUGCUUUAUCGCUCAAUUUUGUGGCCCCCUUAAUACAUAUGUACACUGUAUAUGCCAAGUUUGUAAAGUACUCUAAUUAUUUAGCAUCACAGAUCGCAGAGUAUAUCAGUAAAUCGUAGUUGCCGUACCCAGCUACAUACUGCGCAUACCCUGACAUUAGAUGUGUAGGUGCUUUUAUUUAUCACCAAAGUUUGCUUUCACAGAAUUUUCCGAACAACAAGUGAUGAAUAAGGGCUGCUCGAGCGGUAAGAAUUUGGGGAGAAAAAAACAAGCGUCGUGCCUACACAGCCAAAGUCGUUGCCCG